AUUUUGCGCUCCCACCCCUGGAGUUCUAUCGAGCUGUCAAAACUGCGCUGUUUAAUUUGCAGCAAAUUACAUAAAGAUAAGAAACCCGUAUGGCUUCGAUUCUACGCUCUAUUUCCGCCGUUGCGCGUAGCGCUUCUUUAUCCGGGAAAGCCCAUCCUCUUGCUGUUUCGACGAUAAUUCGGCACAAAUCUGAAGCUGCAGCUGAGACUAGACCCACUGUUCGUAAACCUAAUGCAGCGAUUCGAGCUGAUUUGUCCGAUUUCGGCAAAUAUGUAGCAGAAUGUCUUCCCAAAUACGUGCAAAAGGUGCAACUGACAUCCGGCAAUGAACUAGAAGUGCUGAUCGCUCCAGAGGGAGUUGUUCCGGUGCUCCAAUUCCUGAAGGACCAUCACCAGGCACAAUUCGCCAAUUUGGUCGAUAUCGCCGGAAUGGAUGUGCCAAGCCGUCAAUAUCGGUUCGAGGUCAUUUAUAAUAUACUUUCGUUACGUUACAAUGCACGUAUCCGCGUUAAAACCUACACGGAUGAGCUGACACCGAUCGAUUCGUGCAACGAAGUAUUUAAAGCGGCUAAUUGGUAUGAGCGCGAGGUGUGGGACAUGUAUGGUGUAUUUUUUGCCAACCACCCGGAUUUGCGCCGGAUUCUCACCGAUUACGGUUUCGAAGGGCAUCCCCAGCGCCGCGAUUUCCCACUAACUGGUUACGUAGAGUUGCGUUACGACGAUGAGAAGAAACGAGUGGUUUGCGAACCCUUGGAGUUGGCACAAGAGUUUCGCAAAUUUGAUCUUUCUGCGCCUUGGGAACAGUUCCCGAAUUUCCGCCAUGCAAAUCCAGCUACCGAGGAAAUUGCGACCAAGCCGGAAGAGAAAAAAUGAGCUACUCGCAAUGUACUUCUGGUAAAUAAAUGAUGUCUGUAGAUAAUAUAAUAUAAAAUAGUUUUUG